AUGGCGACGGAGAAAAUUGGAAAUGUGAUGAAUUUUUCUGCUGAACAAUUUCAAAAGCUGCUUUUUCAACAGCAAGCUCAAAUGGAGGCACAAAUGAAAAUGAUUGAAAAUCUGACACAAUGUUUGAGUUUGCAGACAACAGGAGCAGCGACGCGGGACACGCAGGCGAGUUCUGUUGAUCUUCUCACGAACGCCAUCACUGAAUUCCAUUAUGAUGCGGAUUCUGGAUGCACUUUCGAAGCGUGGUUCAAACGCUGGGAAGACAUGUUCCAGACGGACUUCAUUCGUCAGGACGACUCCUGGAAGGUGCGAUUGCUACUCCGCAAGCUCGGAAUAAGUGAACAUUCAAGGUUCAUAGACCACAUUUUGCCCAAACAGCCGAAGGAUCUGACUUUUGACGAAGCAGUGUCGCAGUUGAAGGAAAUUUUUGGUGAGUCGGUAUCUUUGUUUAGUAUUCGCUAUCAAUGCCUGAAAAUUGUCAAACAGGAAUCUGACGACUUUGGGGCCUUAGCAGACAUGAUUAACCGUGAGUGUGAACGUUUCAAACUACGCUCUUUAACGGACGAUCAGUUUAAGUGUCUCAUUUUCGUCAGUGCUCUACAAUCGCCCAGUGAUGCUGAGAUCCGAACGCGGCUUUUAGCUAAGCUGGAGCAGGAUCCUGAUCUGACACUGAAGGCCCUCGUAAGCGAAUGCAAACGGCUUCUCACUCUAAAACACGACACUGCCAUGGUCGAACGAAAUGGUCUCGCACCAGCAGAUACCGUGCAACUCGUGAAAAAGACCAGGACCGCCAACGCAAGCAAACCCUUCAAGAGGCCUACGAAGAAACCGCCCACAGCAUGCUGGUCAUGCGGCGAAUGGCAUUUCGCUCGCUUUUGUCCCUUCAAACAUCAUAUUUGUCAAACGUGUCAUAAGCGUGGGCAUAAAGAGGAAUGCUGCAGUCAAGUCCGGUCGAAGAAAGUGCAGAAGUCUUAUCGAAAGGGUAAUUCUAGAAGGGACGGCGCUGAGUCUCUGUCCAUAGUUGCCGCAUUCCAAAGCGAAUGUAAACCGAGACGACGAUUCAUCACUGUGUUAAUCAAUGGGAUCCCAACGAAACUGCAAUUUGACACGGCCUCAGACAUCACAAUUAUUUCCAGGAGCACAUGGAAUCACAUAAAGAGGCCGAAGAUGGUCGAGUCUCAGAAAGUUGCACAUAAUGCAUCCGGCGGUGUGUUACACUUAGUGGGCGAACUCAAUUGCAAGAUUGCUUUCCAAGGUGUGGAAAAGUCGGGAACAUGCUACAUUUCAGACCGGCCGAAUUUGAAUCUUCUUGGCCUCGACUGGAUUGAAAAGUUGAACCUCCUCGAUGUUCCCUUGAAUCAGAUCUGCAACCGAGUUCGAGCAAGUCCAGACCCAUCUGCAAAGUCCGUCGAAGACAUGACACGUACCCUGAAGCGAAAAUUUGCUUCUGUCUUUCAGGAUGGCUUGGGCCACUGUACGAAAUUCAAGGCAACACUGAACUUGCGACCAGGUGCUAAACCAGUGUUCAAGGCUAAAAGACCGGUACCAUAUGCAGCCAUGUCAACCGUUGAGCAAGAGCUCGAUCGACUGGAACGUGCCGGAGUCAUCACAGCCGUCAACUACUCAUCAUGGGCCGCACCUAUUGUCGCAGUGAAGAAAGCAAAUGGCAAGGUACGCGUUUGCGCUGACUUUUCAACUGGCCUCAACGCCGCGCUGGACGACCACCAGUACCCAUUACCUGUACCGGAGGAUAUCUUUGCAAAGUUGAAUGGUGGUAAGUACUUUGCUAAGCUUGAUCUAUCCGAUGCUUAUCUGCAAGUGGAUGUUGACGAAGUCUCGAGGGAGUUGUUGACGAUCAACACUCAUCGUGGGCUAUUCCAAUACAACCGCUUGCCAUUUGGUGUGAAAACGGCGCCAGCCAUCUUCCAACAGUUGAUGGACACCAUGCUAGCGGGCGUUUCUGGAACCGCUGCAUAUCUGGAUGAUAUCAUAGUGAUGGGUCGAACACCGGAAGAACUGUUUAACCGACUGGAUGAAGUGCUUGGUUGCAUACAGUCGUACGGUUUCCGGAUCCGUGAGGAUAAAUGCACAUUUUUCACGCCGCUCAUCAAAUACCUCGGUUUUAUCCUCGAGAAGGAUGGACGUCGACCAGACCCGGAAAACAUAGAAGCCAUUAGAAAAAUGCCUCCGCCAACAGAUCUACAGUCCUUGCGUUCCUUUUGUGGGCUCAUCAGCCACUACAGCGCAUUCUUGCCUGAGAUGCACCGCCUGCGUGCCCCGUUAAACAAGCUAUUAGCCAAAGGCCAAACAUGGAACUGGACAUCCGAAUGCCAGAAUGCCUUCGAACGCGUCAAGUCACUGCUGUCCUCAAACUUGCUUUUGACUCAUUUCGAUCCCUCCAAAGAGAUUGUCUUGGCAACAGAUGCAUCAAGCCAUGGGAUUGGUGCGGUAAUAUCACACACCUACGCCGAUGGAUCUCAGAAGGCAAUCGCCCAUGCCGCCAGAACACUUACGAAGGCCGAGAAGAAUUACAGCCAGAUUGAGAAAGAAGCAUUGGCCAUAGUGUAUGCAGUCAAGAAAUUCCAUAAAAUGCUAUACGGCCGCCGCUUCAAGCUUCUGACAGAUCACAAGCCCUUGCUGGCUAUCUUUGGUUCGAAAAAGGGCAUCCCGGCCUACACAGCCAACCGGCUACAACGUUGGGCUCUUACCUUAAUGGGGUAUGAUUUCGAGAUCCAAUACCAGUCGACUGUUUCCAUUGGCCAAGCGGAUGCACUGUCACGCCUAAUUGAUGCCCGUCAGCAAGAACAUGAGGACACAAUCAUUGCCUCGGUCGAGAUUGAACCUGACGUCAACUUUCUGGUAACUGAUGCAUUGCACGGUCUACCAGUUACCGCAGAAGCUGUACGAACCGAAACACUUCGGGACCCAAUCCUCAAGAAAGUUACACAGUUUCACAAAACAAGUUGGCCACAUUCAUGUCCAUCUGCUGAAUUGCAACAGUACUUUCAGAGGAGACACUCACUCUCUAUUGUAAACGACUGCAUACUGUUUUCGGAAAGAGUGGUCAUCCCCAAGGCACUUCAGGAGCGCCUUAUUCGGCAGUUCCACGCCGGGCAUCCUGGAAUCAACCGGAUGAAGGCGCUUGCCCGCAGUUAUGUAUAUUGGCCUUUCAUGGACAAACAGCUAGAAGAAAUAGCUAAACGCUGUCAAAGGUGUGCCAAUGUCUUGAAAGCGCCACAAAAAGCAGAACUCUGUUCAUGGCCAAUAGUUACUAAGCCAUGGUGCCGCAUCCAUGUCGACUUUGCGGGACCGAUCAACGGCAGAAGCUUUCUCAUUAUCGUCGAUUCAUACAGCAAGUGGCCUGAAGUAUUUCUUAUGGAGAACACCACCACCAAUGCCACCAUAUCGAAACUGCGCCAAACCUUUAGCAGAUUCGGCUGUCCUGAGACAAUUGUCACCGACAAUGGCUCACAAUUUACUUCAGCAACGUUUACGGAGUUUUGCAAGCAAUGCGCCGUACAGCACGUUCGCUCGCCGCCGUUUCACCCACAGUCGAAUGGCCAGGCAGAAAGGUUUGUCGAUACAUUCAAGCGAGCUCUCCACAAAUCAAAAGGGAGGGAC